AUGCAGUCCAACAAACAAGCCCUCGGCUCCCUCUCAUUAGGCCAACACCCGUCACACAGCCUGGACCACAAGAUCCAACUCGCCUCCAAAUACGGCUUCAGCGGCAUCGAGAUCGUCUACUCAGACCUCCAGCACUACUCCUCCCAGCACAGGAUCCCCAUCCUCACCGGCGCGUCCCGCAUCAAACAGAUCUGCAACACCCACAACGUGGAAGUCCUAUCCCUCGCGCCCUUUGAGAACUUCGAAGGCGCCCGCACCCCUCUCGCCGACCGUCUCGCCACCGCAAAACACUGGCUCAGCAUCGCGCGCAUCCUCAACGCCCCGUAUCUGCAGGUACCGUCGCAAUUCGACCCGAACAGCAUCACCGACGAGACGGUCCUCGUGCAGGAACUCCAACAUCUCGCGGACCUCGGGAGCGCGGAAUCGCCCCCCGUCGCUAUCGCUUACGAGUACCUCUCCUGGGGCACGUAUUGCUCGACGUGGGACACUGCCCUCCGCCUGGUGAAGCUGGUCGAUCGCGCGAACUUCGGCCUGUGUCUGGAUACCUUCCACGAGCUUACGAAGCUCUGGGCUAGUCCGUUCGAAGUGUCGGGAAAGUACCCGCGCGGGGACCAAGCCCUGCGUGACUCGUUGCAGAGGUUCAAGACCGCCGUUCCGCUGGAGAAGAUCUUCUACGUGCAGCUCUCCGAUGGCGAGCGGUUCGAUCCUCCCUUCUCGGAUUCGCAUCCGUGGUAUCUGGAAGGCGAGGCGUCGCAGUUCACGUGGUCCAAGCACGGGAGGCCGUUUCCGUUGGAGACUGACCUGGGCGGAUACAUGCCUGUUCCUGAGGUCGUGAGGGCCUGGGUGCUGGAGACUGGGUUCAAGGGCUGGAUCUCUAUGGAGGUGUUUGAUCGGCAGAUGCGUAGCAGGGAGUUUGAGCCUGAGACGGCGGCGAUUCGGGCGCGUGAAUCCUGGCGGAAAGUCCAGGCGGCCGUUGUCGCCGAGGAUUUGCCGGGGAAACUGUAG